AGCUAUUUAAUCAGACAACCAGAGUCAAUCCAUCAAGACAUACCACAUCAAAACCCACUCACUUCAGCGAGGGGUUAAAAUUGUGAUGAACUAUUUCCAACUAGGUCUACUAUUUUGCGUUUUCACAGGAAGAACUUCAAUUGCAUUCACUUUCAAUCUCACCCAUCAAGAUCCAGCGCCUAUCUCUCUCAUCAGAGAUCCCUUCACCGUAGAUCUCGAUCGACCACACAAAAGACCCGACAAAUGUCCACCUUGUCCUGAAUGCUUCAACUGUCAAUUACCACGUUUUCCUUGUAAACAGUAUGGAACUUGUAACGAAUAUGAUGGACAAUGCAAAUGUCCACCUGGGUUUGGUGGUCAGGAUUGCGGUCAACCUUUAUGCGGCAGUCUUGCAGAUGGAGAGAAACGGCACCCGCGUCCAGAGAAUUCAACGAGCUGUGAAUGUAAAUCAGGUUGGACCGGCAUCAAUUGCAAUGUAUGUGAAACCAAUCAGGCUUGUUCGGCUUUGAUCCCACCCAUCGAUUCCAAGACUGGCCGCCUCACCUAUCCUCGUACAUUGGACUCGGGAAUGACAGCUGAAGAUCCCGAGGAUGGAAAUGAUACGGAUUCUUCGGGUGCAGUUUGCUAUAAAGGCGGCUUUGCAGUUGUGAAUAAUCAUCAGAUGUGCAAUGUGACAAAUCGCAAGAUCCUCGACAUGUUACCGGAUCGCCCUCCUCAGGUGUCCUUCACCUGUGAUAUCAAGAGCGCCGCUUGCCAAUUUCAAUUUUGGAUUGGUGGGAUCGAAUCAUUCUAUUGUGCAUUUGAUCAGUGCAGUCAAUCUAUUCACGUCGGGUACGAAGGUCAACCGAAUGUAACAACCAACGAGUGCUCUAAAAUGAAAUGCCAGUGUGUGCCUGGUAGGAUGCUUUGCGGGGAAUCUGGAAGUGUCGACAUUGGCGACUUCCUUCGCGAGGAAAUCAAAGGGCCUGGUAAAUUCUCGUGCUCUUCAGAUGGUCAAGGGUGUAGGUUCGAGGAACCCGCGAUGAACUCACUGAUCACAGAUGUAUUUGGAGACACCUAUAUCACUUUGAAUUGUCAAUCCGGGGAAUGUAUGCAUUAUACUAUGGUGCCGGGUUUCAAGAUUCCUGAACGACCUGCCAAUAAUCAGCUUGUUGCUCUCAGUAUUGCUUUGACCAUCUUAUUCGUCAUUUUGGCUUCGGCUUUGUUUUGGUAUUGCGGCCGAAAUCGAUCACACAAGUAUCCCGAUUAUCGUGGACGGAUCUCUUUACCAACCGAUGAAAAUGACCUUUUUAACUCAAAUGAUGCACCAACUCACCUCACCUUCUCGAACAUCUCGUAUUCAGUCUCUGGGGGUAAACCAGUGUUGCGACAAGUGUUCGGAAAAGCAAAAUCCGGAGAGUUGAUGGCAAUCAUGGGAGCUUCUGGCGCUGGAAAAAGUUCACUAUUAGACAUACUCGCCAAAAAGCCCAAGAGUGGUACCGUAGAAGGUGACAUCUUCAUCAACGACCGGCGGAUCCCUAAUGAAGCAUUCAAGAAUAUCAUUGGUUAUGUAGAUCAAGAAGAUACACUGAUGAGCACAUUGACGGUCUAUGAGACGGUUUUAUGUUCAGCCAUGUUGAGACUACCGCAACAAAUGAGUUCACAAGCUAAGAAGAUCAGGACUCUUGAAACGUUGGAUGAACUAGGAAUCCUGCAUAUUAAAGAUGCAUUCAUCGGUAAGAGUGGACAUCGAUCGAUCUCUGGCGGGGAGAAAAGAAGAGUGUCGAUCGCAUGCGAAUUAGUCACGAGUCCUAAAAUACUCUUUCUCGAUGAACCGACUAGUGGCCUAGAUUCUUUCAACGCUUACAACGUUGUCGAAUCACUCGCUAAGCUAGCCCGCGAUCAUCAACGGACCGUCGUCUUUACAAUUCAUCAACCUCAGAGUAACAUCAUCGCACUUUUUGAUCAACUCGUCCUCUUAGGAAGAGGCGGUCGACUGGUUUAUUCUGGUGCCUUCAAAGAAUGCCAUGAGUAUUUUAAGGCGAUUGGACAUCCUUGUCCAGUCGGAUAUAACCUCGCAGACUUUCUGAUUGACUUGACCAUGAAGCAGCGUCCCUCGACCAUCACUGAGAGCGAACCAGGCGUCCAAUCAGGUUCUUCAGGUCACAAUUCUCUCUUCGAUUCCGCCGACUUACCUAGAGUGAAGGCGGUCAAACUGAAUCAUAAAUCAGUGCGUGGUGAAUCACCGGAUGAGACUGAAUUAACGACACGAAAGAUGUAUCAUGAGCCAACAGGUUCAUUACGCGUACCCAAAUCAGCUGACCGACUUCGACCAUCGAGUAAAAUUCUACAAUCCCUCUCGUCCCUCUAUUCACCCGCAAGUACUCAUAGAGAGUCGGAGGAGGAUGAGGAUGACACUAAACUGCUGGUCGAAUUGGAGGGAGCAUUCUCAGAUUCAAAAUUGACUAAACAAUUUAGGACAGAAUUGGAUCAAGCGACUGGGGCGAUGGAUGUUAAUGAAAGCUGGUUGAAUGGAAAUGGAAUAACACCUAAAGCAAGUCUUUGGCAACAGUUUAGGAUUUUGAGCGGAAGGGCUUUCAAGAACUUGUAUCGGAACCCGAUGUUGAUGUUAUCACAUUACUUAUUAGCUAUCGUACUUGCAGUGAUCUGUGCAGCCUUGUUUCACGACGUCACAAUGGAUAUUGGAGGAUUUCAAGGCCGAAUGGGGCUAUUCUUCUUUAUUUUAGCCCUCUUCGGUUUCUCAUCACUCACUACUAUCACUAUCUUCUCCGAAGAACGAUUGAUCUUCAUGCGUGAAAGAUCUAAUGGAUAUUAUUCACCUGUCACAUACUUUAUUUCAAAAGUGAUUUUUGAUCUGAUCCCACUUAGGAUCGUACCGCCCUUUAUCUUAGGUUCAAUAAUUUAUUAUCCAGUAGGAUUAGUUGCUAGUCUUGAACAAUUUUGGAAGUUUUUAUUAGUUUUGAUUGCAUUCAAUCUUGUGGCUGCUAGUUUGGUGAUGUUGAUUAGCUUGAUGGUAGCAGAUGUGGGAGUAGCUAAUCUAUUGGGUAGUUUGAUGAUGCUCUUCAAUCUUUUGUUCGCGGGACUCUUGGUCAACAGAGAGAAAUUACCAACGGGAACUGCUUGGAUUCAAGACUUAUCCUUCUUUCAUGCUGCCUUUGAGGCAUUGUUGGUAAACGAAGUUAGGUAUUUGACUUUGAAGGAUCAUAGAUAUGGAGUUGAUAUUGAAGUACCAUCCGCUAGUAUCUUGUCAUUGUUUGGAUUUCGAAUCACAGCUUUUUGGUGGCCAGAUAUGGCGAUCUUAGUGGGAAUGUUUUUGAUUGCCAUGGCAGUCUCAUGUUUGGUAUUGGUAGUAUGGGUAAAAGAACGUAGGUAGUUGAAAAGUUGAAGAAGGUGGAAAAGGACAAAAGAAGCAGGCGCGGAAUGAAGCUCGCAAUGUUGUAGUAGUAUAUAGCAUCAUUUGUUCUUGUUUGUAUUUUUAAUCAGUUACGUGUGGGUGGGUUUUUUUAAACUAUCUUAAGUAAUUAUUAUUUGGUUAUUGG